ACGCUUCAUUUGUUCAUUGUUUCCCAGAAAUGCAGCCUGAGCCCUAAAAGUGAAAGUAAAAGUACCAGAUAAAAAACAAGCUGUGGUUUGCAUUUGUCCACCAACGAAUUCAGUCCAGAGCGUGUAACUCGGCUGAGACCCCCCUUCAAAAUGACCCAAGUCUUUCCAGAGAUAAUCAGAUUUUUUGUCAUGGUCCUUGGGAACACCAUGAAUUCCCACAAGACCUUCAUGGAGCGUCUGACAAUUUCACAAAAACUUCGUGAAGUGAAUUCGGUGAACAACAGUGAUGUCAUCAUUGCUUUUGUCCCAGUUGUGUCUCGAGCUGGAACUGACAUUGGAGCUGCAAUGGGCAAAAUUCCUCAGGGUAAGCCUGUCGUUCUCGUGGUGCUCCACCACACAUUCGAUCAGGAUUACAUCGCUCCGGACAGCAGACUCUGUGUGAACAGGAAGGAUGUGUUUGCUGUAGAUUGUCUCUAUCAUGAAGACCAAGGUCUGCUGAAUUGCCUGCGCAAUGACGACGCGAUCAGAGCCGUGAAGAAGCACCUGAGAUGCGACGACCACAUUGAGGACGACUCCAGCUGUGCAAGCUGUCUCAAACUACGUAAAUCCGAUGCAGAAACUGGGGGGGCGAUCCACCCUCAAUUUCCAAGCCAUGGUGCGUCACACGCCCCUGCUGACUUCCGAAGUUACAACAACGUAAAUAUGAUGCAGAAACUGGGGGGGCGAUCCACCCUCAAUUUCCAAGGCAUGGUGCGUCACAGAUGUAUCAGGAUAUUGCUUGUUCUGGGCAUUUUCCUGGCGAUUGGUGUGGGUAUUGGUGUGGGUUUUGGUGUGGGAAUCGGUGCGGGUUUUGGAGUGGGUAUUGUUGUGUUUUGUGUUGUAGUCAUGCUUGUGAUUGUUACCUGGGUUAAAAGCUUUCAAAACCGUUUACCAUGAAUGCAGACUUCAAUACACUGGAACAGACAUAGUAUUAGCAUCACAUAAAUAAAUAAAUAAAUAAAUAAAUAAAUAAAUAAAUAAACAUUUAA